CACUUCACUGCCAGUAGCAAACAAACAGCGGCCCUGAAAGAACGUUGCAAAGAUGAGGUUAUGGUGGGUCCUGUUAACGGGGCUCUUAACGGGCGUGGCGGGGCAGAGCCUGCAACAACAGACAGUCCAAGGGCCCAGAAGUAGCACGUCCACAGUGAUACACCUAGUCAAGACCCCCUACCAGGAGGUGCUGAGUCGCAGGGCACACGAGGAUCGUAUGGAUGAUGGUUCCCGCAUUGAGAGCAUCGACACCAUGCAUGAGGAUGCCAGCCACAAGGUGUUUGAAGGCAUCGAAGUCACGCAUCACCUUCGCUGCACUAUCGCACUCAUUACCACUAUUCGUUCUAUUCGCACUAAUCGUUCACUAUCACGCUCAGCAUCACCACACUAUCACACAACCAUUGCUUCUCCAUUCACUAGACUGGUGACACCGAUACUAAGAAGUCACCUGUUCCUCUUACAACCACCUAAUUACAUGUUGAUAAAUUAG